AAACGCAUUUUUGUUUCAAACAUAAAGCCUUUAUCCUCUACAUGUAGUUGUACAUGAACCAGAUUGGCUCUUGCUGGGGUGGCUGUCGCCAUAUUUAGUUCCUUUGGCAACGCUGUAACUUACGUACUUCAAGAAUUUAUAUAACGUUUGUAGUCUUCGGUGCCAGGUGGUUUCAAUGUCUGCAAAGACAAAGCAGAAGCCAACAUUCGAAAUUGACAACAUAUUCACAUCAGUCUAGAUAAAUAAGCAUUUCCCUGGCACAGUGGCUAGAAAAGAGAAGAAAGUUAGUUUGAAAAGCGCAAGAAAAAAAUUAAAUCAAACUUAACACACAGGCUGUGUAAUAGAAUUGAUUAUGUAUAGAUAAUGAUCUGAAUCACAUGGUUAUACGAUUAUAUACUACACAUUAGGUAAAAUCUAUAGCGCUGUGAAAUUAAAAUGAGCCUUAAAGAAUUGGACCUUCUACUGAUUGGAAGAACGGGAACUGGUAAAAGCUCAACCGGAAACUCAAUUUUGAACCGAAAUAUGUUUAAAACUAGUGACAGUAUGAGUUCAACAACGAAGAAAGUAGAAGUAGAGUAUUCCAAGUAUAAAGGUUUCAUUAUUAAAGUUGUUGAUGCGCCCGGGAUCUUUGACACUAAUUUAUCCGUAAAAGAUUCCACUAAAGAAAUGUAUAAAGAAAUGGGGACCGCCAUAGCAGCCAGUGCCCAAGGCUAUCACGCAUUUCUUCUUGUUGUUAGGUUUGGUGACAGGUUUACCCAAGAAAACAACGAUACAAUAAAAGUAAUGAAAGAGAUUUUCGGACAUGAUUUUUUAAAGAGAUAUGGUGUGCUUAUAGUAUCUAAUGGUGAUCAAUUCGAUAUGAAUAAAAGUGGUUCGUUUCAGGAUUGGUGCUUAUCACAAAAAGGUCCUUUUUAUGAUCUUUUCGCAGAGUGCGGUUAUCGAGCUGUGCUAUUUGAUAAUAAAUCUAUGGAACAAAUUAAGAAAGAACAGCAGUUAAACCAACUGCUUGAGAUAGUUAAGGCACUUAGCUCUGAUGGACAAAGAUACACAAAUAAAUAUUUCCUGAAAGCCGGAGCAGAAAGAGCAAAAAUAGUAAAACAAAAUAAACCAGAGAUACAGGAACAUAACAUGAAAGAGGCUAGCCUUAUUAUUCAAAAGCUAGGUCAGCUUGACAUAUGUGAUCGAGCUAAAACACUACAUAGGUUGCAAAAGUUGCAGUUCAGGACAGAAGAAAUGCUGAAUAAUGUUGCUUAUCAGGACAAACACACAGGAGCCUUGAAGGACAUUAUUCAACACGUGAAUCGUAUUAAAGAGACUGUCGAGAGCUACAUCAUUUGGACAGAAAGUGCUGCAGGAAUCCAAAGUAUCGUCAUCAAACUACAACAACAGAUAGAUGAACAUCAAGAACAUCGAGAAUAUCAAGUUAACCUUAUAAGCGAAAAGAAAUUGAACCAAAAUAAGUUGACUGCUUUAGAUAAACACUUGAAAGCUAGAGUUAAAGAGUUAGAGCUUGAGCACUUAGACCUCAGUCGAAACACGGUCACACGGUAUGCCUUAAUGGUAGGCAAGGUUCUUGCAGAGACUAUGUUGGAAGCGGCACCUAUAGCUUUAGGAUUUCUUGGGGCAGUCGCUUAUCUAAAAAAGUGAAUAUGAUUCGUGGGCCAAGUAUGUCGAUGUAUCGUUCACAGUACAAAAAUGAUUGUUUGAAACUAAACAGACUAGGUAUCGGCGUUAAUUGUCAGCCUUCUAAUUCAGCUGCACUUUUAUUUAAAAUUACUUAUAUGAUAUUAUAGCCAGUUAAAAUUACUUAUAUGAUAUUAUAGCCAGUUAAAAUUACUUAUAUGAUAUUGUAGCAAGUUAAAAUUACUUAUAUGAUAUUGUAACCAGUUAAAAUUACUUAUAUGAUAUUAUAGCCAUUUAAAAUUACUUAUAUGAUAUUAUAGCCAGUUAAAAUUACUUAUAUGAUAUUGUAGCAAGUUAAAAUUACUUAUAUGAUAUUGUAACCAGUUAAAAUUACUUAUAUGAUAUUGUAACCAGUUAAAAUUACUUAUAUGAUAUUGUAACCAGUUAAAAUUACUUAUAUGAUAUUGUAGCCAUUUAAAAUUACUUAUAUGAUAUUGUAGCCAGUUAAAAUUACUUAUAUGAUAUUGUAGCCAGUUAAAAUUACUUAUAUGAUAUUGUAGCAAGUUAAAAUUACUUAUAUGAUAUUGUAACCAGUUAAAAUUACUUAUAUGAUAUUGUAGCAAGUUAAAAUUACUUAUAUGAUAUUGUAGCCAGUUAAAAUUACCUAUAUGAUAUUGUAGCAAGUUAAAAUUACUUACAUGAUAUUGUAGCCAGUUAGAAUUACUUAUAUGAUAUUGUAGCCAAUUAAAAUCAAGUAAAGCUGGAGCAUCGAACCAGAAAUGACAUUGAAAAAAACAAACAAACUGUAAUUGCAUUACUUAGAACUAUAUUUUGUUGAACAUGACAACACUAUGAAAAAAGAUUGAGGAUGAGAAAGCAGAAAGAAUGAAAUCAAAAAGAGAUAUAACGUGUCAGGGUCAAGCGUUGGACAUUAUUAACAAAUAUUAUUCAAAAAAAAAAACAACAACUUAUAUUCAUCAUAAUAAAUAUUAAUAUUAAUCAUUAUGACCAUAAUUAGUAUCAUCAUUGUUCUCUUCAUAAACUUAUCGUCAUCAUUGUUUAUUUAUUGUAUAAUUAUAAUAUUAUAAUUACUAUAUUUAAGUUUUUCUUAUUAUUUAUUAUUAUCAUAACAUUAUUAUUACAAUCAAUAUCAUUCUUAUCGUCGUAUUUAAUACCUUCAUCAUAACCGUUAUAAGUACUGUCUACUUGAAUAAUAUUGGAUAUUUAUAUAUGUAUAUGUGUGCGUAUAGAUAGAUAGAUAGAUAGAUAGAUAGAUAGAUAGAUAGAUAGAUAGAUAGAUAGAUAGAUAGAUAGAUAGAUAGAUAGAUAGAUAGAUAGAUAGAUAGAUAGAUAGAUAGAUAGAUAGAUAGAUAGAUAGAUAGAUAGUAAUAUUAUAUUAUAUAUUAUCAUAUUUUAGUAAAGCUUUUUUUCCUUCCAUUAAUAAUUACUUUUUAGUUAAAACAUUAGAGAAGAAAAGUUUAUGACUUUAAUGGAUGACUUCGAGGACCCCUCUUCUAAUUUAUUUUUACAUUAACAACUAUUACUAUUAAUUAGAUCAUUAUAACCAACAUGUUAUGCAACAGGCAUAGGAAGCAACUCAAAAGCAUUAGGGUGCCAGUGGGUAAAUUAAAGUUACGUUAACAUACAAUAGGCCUACACUAAAUAUUUUCACCAUUUAAGUCCUACAUCUUUAAAAAGCCAGUGUCAAAAGCCAUAACUGAUUGUGAUAUUCCAUAAUGCUGGGCCGCUGCCAGGAGCGGGAUCUUAUUGGAGCAAUCGGACAAAUCGGCAUAAGGCCGGGCCUGUUUGGACAGAUAGGUCUAAAGGUUUUUCUUGAAUCUAUGUUCAAUGAGGAGCGACAUCCAAACCUUUAUUCAAUGAACUGAAAAAAGCCAACCAAUUGUAACAAACUGUAUAUAUAUAUACGGCAAACAGAACAACACAAAAGCACUGUUAAACAAGAAAUUUAAUUGUCUCAUUUUUGAAAAUAAACUUGCUCACAAACGACUGAAGAACAAUGCUGAUGACAAUGAAAUAAUGAAUUAAUAUCUUGCGGGGUUAGAUUGACUCGAGAGACCCCGGAGCUAAACCAUCGUUUUGACGUCUGCAAACUCAAGAUGCAAGACCACUGCUACCCCCACCGAUCGACCCCAACCUACACCAAUUAAAUUUUACAGCCCACGUCAUGAGGUAGACUAUGUCCGGGAUGGACAUAGCUAAGAAAUGGCAGUGUAGUGAUUGUGGUGGCGACGCGAUUAUGUGUAGCCAUGUGUGUAAUCUGACAACAGAUAUUAUACAGUCCAGCCUAUCGCCAGCGGUCAACAGUGACGAGUACACCGGAUAUCUGUGAUCUGAACACUCCACCUGCAAAUGAUAUAGUCAUGUGAUCAGCUAGAAAAAAAAAUGGAGGCGUUCCAUUGUUUUCCAGAACGCUGUGGAAACGUUAUUAGACUCUUCCUCUCCUAACUGAUGAUGCCAAUGUUGUUUUAACCCCAUAAAAUUAAAUUAAUUUUUGGUUUUAUAUAUUUUAAUUUUUGUUGCAUAAAAAAAGCAUGCAUUCUUCUAUAAUUAUAUACCUAAUAUAACAUUUCCUGAUUAUAUAAAAAGAAAAGUUAUUGAAGUUUAAUCAUAACAGGGUAGUGAAACAAAUGAGCGAAAUGAAUAAUUCCAUCGGAACGUGGUAAAUAAUUUAAAAGAGCUUUAAUGUCAGAAUCAAAACGAGUCAGUCCGUAAGUCCAGCGUGAAGUCCGUCCGGUACUGUAUAGACUAGUACAAGUCCAGACCGAGGCAGGGAGACCAAUGGAGUUUGAUACAGCAGUACUGUCAUCUAUCGUGAAGCAUUUGUACAGUUAGCGUAUCCAUAUGCCAAUGGUACACAUUUUUCUGUUAAUUUUGUGCACAUUCAAAUUACAUUAUUUCGAGCCUGAA